ACAGACAGGGUGCAUUUCACAUUCAUCAUCAACUACGCUAACUGUUGUCGAGGAUUAGUCAGAGUCCGUUGGUGGAAGAACACGACUGCAUCACAUCUUUUACACCAUAGCAGACAGGCCUCGGAAUUGGAGAAGCACAACAAUAAAUAUAAAAUCCCAUUCGAGUUUUUGAGUGUUGGCUUUGUGCUGGGAGAAUAACGAGAUUUAAGGGUGAUGGACUAUAGUUCUCUCGUCCGAAGGCAGAAUACGAGAACAGAAGCCAUCCAAUCCAUCGAAGCUAUCCAAUCCACUCGUACUUAAACACUUGGAGUGAGACUGAGAGCAACCAGCAAGGGUUAAGCCUACCAACUUAAACUGGUGUAGAAACCCAUCGGAAAAUAAAAGUGCUGCUGCUGUCCUUCUCCAGCACUUAUAACCAGCGAGAGAGAGAGAGAAAGAGGAAAAGGAAAGGAUUUGAAUCUCAGCCCACAUUUCAAUAUCCAACUGAAGUCCGACCGAACGCCAUUUGAAAGCAAGUGCGUAGUGAGUGCAGAGCUUUGAGUCGAGUGAGAUUGAGAGUAUUUGGCUUCUUGUGAGAAGAGGGCCUACUCAUUAGACAAUUACCUAAUCUAAAGCACCUUCUUCAAAUCUCCAAACUUCGUUGGAUUGAACUUGAAUUUCGAGAUUACUCCAUAACACAACAUCAUCCAAUUCUCAGACCACUCCGAACUCUACUUACUUAUUCUGCUGCUCCUCUUCUGGAGAACUUGACGAUUGGCUACUUGAAAACAAUCAAAAUAUAUACUCUUGCCCCCAACACGCACCAUCGUUCCAAUAAAAUUUGCACAUCUUGACUUAACAAUAGUGAUGAAAGAGUGAGAAAGUGAGACAUGCACAGGCUUAUCUAAUACACAUAAUGUACUAUUUAUAAAACAUCGUCCAAUUAUUAUAUCUGGACAGAGACAAGAAGCAAACAAGGAUUAAUUUAAAGUGGUUGUAGUUUGAACAUUAUCGAAACCGUUGUUCAUAAGAGGUUGAAAUUCAGCAUAGUUCGCAUUGUUUUAUAAAUUGGGGAGUCUACUCGCUGCGGCGACAGUAAAGUGUUCUGGAAAUAAAUUCAUCAUAGUAGUCACUCAAUUAGUAAUUCAAACUUAUUAAGAACAUUGGUUCGUCUAUCAGUGAUUCACUCAUGUCUUCGUAUUGUACUAUUCAUAAGUGCAUUCAUCAAGUGAGGCUUAAUAAACUGGAUGAGACACUCGAGUUGACCAGACACAAAAUAUCCGCAACUCUUGUUUCUCACUUGAUGUGAAGUGAACAAAUACUCAUUCUUCGAUCAAACUCUCCAAUUCAGUUCGAUUCACAACAUUAUCCUUGCCAUCAACGGUUCCGAUCUGGCGUUACCAUUGCCUAGCUCGCCUCCCUUCGAAGAAGGGAGCCUGCCAUGUCGUUAAGCCCCAAACAUUCUUCUCACUCACACUCAACACCAUUUUCUGUCACGGAUAUUCUAAGUCCUCUCGAAGAAUCGUACCGAAUCAGCAAAGGGCUUGGUUUCGAAGGAGGUCACACCCUGUCACAACUCACCUCACCGGACACUUGCUCAUCUGCCCCCACACCCCCGUCGCCCUACCACCAUCUGCACCACCUCCAAAUCCCCUCAGCAGAACAGAUCAACAGUGGAUCUCAGUCCCCCGUGUCGACAGUGAUCGCAGCCAUGAACGUCCCUUCUAGUUCCCCCUACAUGCACGUUCCCCAAUUGCCCCAUCCGGGGGCUGCAGCCUUUCCGCAGUACUGCAACGGCGAUCUCCACGGAAUGGGUGGUCACUAUGGGGCCGAUAUCAGAAAUUCCAUGAAUUCAGCUUCCGCUGGAUGGUAUGGAGCUCCCCCAACUGAUCGGUUUUCCGCAAUCUCCAGGAUCAUGAACUCGUCCGGGGGAAUGAACAUGAACGUCUCGGGCAUGUCGGGAUUGGGCAACAUGGGGCCUGACACGAAGCCCAUGCAGUUCCCUUUGGCUCAGCGGAGAAAGCGCCGUGUUUUAUUCACCCAAGCACAGGUGUACGAACUGGAGAGAAGAUUCAAACAACAAAAAUACUUGUCUGCACCGGAAAGAGAACACCUCGCCAGUUUGAUUCAUUUGACCCCGACUCAGGUUAAGAUCUGGUUUCAAAAUCAUCGGUACAAAUGCAAGAGGCAAGCAAAGGAGAAGGCGAUGGCUGAGACCAAUCAUAGCCAGAGUUCUCCGAGGCGAGUGGCUGUACCCGUUCUCGUGAAAGACGGUAAACCGUGUAGCAAUGGGGAUGGAAAUAGCACUUCGGGCGGAAGUGUUGCGUCCUCUGGGUCAGUUGUCAGCAACAUUGGCAACUCGAUUUCCCCCAAUUCACAGUCCUCGAUUGGGAUGCCAAACUGUUCACAGGGCGGUUCAAUGGUGUCCUUCUACCACCAAACAUCAGCAGCCUGUACCGGAAGCGGCUCAUUGGGCGGAUCUGGUUCCCUCGCAGCUCUUGGAAGCUAUCAAAGACACUCACUGACUCCGACGCUUGGAAUGGGAUCUCACCAUGGACUUCCUCAUCAUCAGCAGCAACAACACCAUCAGCAACAGGGGCUAAUGUGUUCCACCACUUACUUGCCACCACUGCAGUCCCGGGCAUGGUAAAUCGAUUUUCAUGUCCGCUUUCCCAAAUCUUGCUCAAAAGCAAGUUUGUGAAGCAGCGUAGUCCAACCAAUCAAGCCCUGUUAGUCCUGGCAAGAGAAGAGAAAGUCGUCCAUGCGAUCGGUGAUGAAAUAUUACCUUUUCUCCUCAACAAAGUGAUGGACAAUUAGUACGAACUUGCAAAGUAGUUAAAUGGUGAAAUAAUUGUUUCACAUUACCCCAGUGCUUUCACAAUCAGAAUACACUCCAUUUCUGUCUUAUCUGUUCUCAUCAGCUAGCUUAUAUUGAGUUAAUGGUUGGCCAACUAACUCUCUAUUAAAGGAUUUGUGUCUGUGGUGUGUUAUUAUGUGCUUACGAGUUCAUAGUUACGAGUUAUGAUGCUGAAGAGUAACACUGGAUUUUCUAGUGACUCACGCCAUACUAAAGGGAGGAUGUAAUACCCACGAACGGGUAGUGCAUCUAAUGAGGGCAAAACAGAACUGCGGUGAUCCCAGAGAAGUGAAUUCAAUUAAUCCAAUUUGUGAACUUUGCAUAACGGUUGAAUGACUUACUUAAGUUGGGGUAAAAUGAACCUGGUGAUUAAAUUAGGAAAGGUAUUUACUAAUCCGUAUUAUUAUUAUCAGUAUAUGCAACCCAGUAAGUCGUAGUUAUUUUUGUAGUCUUUCCCUCUCUCUAACGAUAGCAAUUUCAUUGAUUGAACAAACAAAUUACUCAGUCAGCAGCAAGCAUGAACAGGGAGUGAAACAUUGAAAUAACUACAAAUACUUAUGUAUAUCAUCGCAAGUACAACUGUGUGUGUAGCCGAAUUUAUCUACUAAACACUUCUCAAGAAAAUUAAAACCGUCGUAGUUUAUGCUUACGCGUCAAAGUUUCAACCCUCUUAUAAUCGUGUAUGGGUUCGUGCAUCCGCCAUCCGCAUGUAAAUAAAUAAUUCAACUAAUAAUGUGUAUAAAUAGUAAUAACAUUAGCCACGUUGUAGAUUUGAAUCAUACUUAUAGUACUUAAUUCAACAUUAUACAUAGUAGCAGAAUAUAUGGGGAUACGGGUUACUUGUCGAAUCCUAUGUCGUCGAAAAGGCAAGUCGUCGAAAUCAAUUUGUCGAACGGAAAACUCGUCAGAAAGGCAAGUCGUCGAAUUUAGGUGGCAUGAAACUCGUCGAAUUUCAUAUAACAUUUUUACUGAUUUUACCUACCAAUAUAUAAUGAGUUCACAAGAAUGCACAGCACAUGUGCAUUGUGGGACGGAUAUACCUAUACGCUGCGGACAUUCCAAAAUACUACACAGCCGUAAUUGGGAGGAUAGUUUUAUUCUUUUUACCCUUAUCUUUUACAUUUAAAAUGUCAAAUUACUGUUACGAACCUAAAUUUGAAGAUAAACUGUUCUGAUGGAUUUUGAACAAGCUGAAAUAAAAGCUGUACAGGACACAUUUCCAGAGGCCGUACUUCACGGGUGUCAUUUUCACUAUACUCAAGCGUUGUUUAGACAUUUGACACCCAAUUUAAAGAACCAGUACGACCAAGACGUUACAAUGACAUUAUUGUUCAGCCCGAUGAUUUAAGAGUGGCAUUCCGAGAAUUUAAAGUAUCGCUCAAUUUAAGGGUCAAACUAAACUCGAACUGGAUGAAUUUUUUAGUUAUGUUCAAAAAACCUACAUCGGUACAGUGUACGAUCCACUAAUGUUUCCAAUACUCUUCUGGAAUGUGCACCAGGGUGUAUUAGAGAAUAUUUCCAGAACCAAUAAUGCACUGGGGGCCUGGAACAGGCGGUUUGGCAUUCUUGUUGAGAGUUCUCAUGUGAAUGUUAUUUUAUAAAAUUAUAAUUUAUAUUUAGAAUCGUAUUUUAUUUAAAAAAAUACUCUCGACAAGUAUUAUUUUCGACCACUUGCCCAAAUGAAGAGUUACCCUUCAGACGACUCGUCCUCGACGAGUUACUCUUUCGACGACCAUGUUUUCGACGAGCUACCCUAGACCCGAAUAUAUGAGUAACAUCAUACAAAUAAUUAAUUAGUUAACUAUUGUUACAGGGUUAGUCAUUUAUAUCUUGUGUUCUACAUGAAAUGUUUCCCGAAAUAAUAAUAAACCUUUGUCAUUUGAUUAAUGUC